AUGGGUGCAAAUAAUUCAAAUUCGAAAUAUCAUGAAAAUAUUUGUAAUACACCACCAAAAAAAAAUGUUCAACUUUUAUUUGAUCCACGAUCUCCUAGUGAUGCCAUUGCUCGAACACCAAUUCAAAUAGAUAGUCAAGUGACUAUACAAUCUUUAAAAACAUAUAAUCAUGCUAUGCCACGUAUUACUGGACCAGAUAUAAGCAUAGAUGAAGAAAAUCAUGAAUAUAAUCAUUAUGAAAAGAAAGUUGAUAGUAAAGAAAAUGAAUCAAAAUUUUUAAUUGAUAUUGAACCAACAUUAGAUCCAAAUAAAGUAUUAAAUGAUAUGACUACUAAUAAAAAUAAACAAUUACCACCGUACUAA